AUGCGUAUCCCCUUCGUUUUGAGUACGAUUUUGAUCUUAGUUGCAGCUGACGAAGAAAUCAGCGAGUGUUUGAAGAAAUGUAUAUUACCGUUAGCGAAGCAGGAGAGAAGUUUCAGCCACAUAUUCAAAAAUUAUGAUCAUGUUUGUGACUUGCUGGAGGAUGGGGCCUAUUGUGCCCGUAAGUGUGAAACAGAAGAUCAGAGGAAAUUUCAUCAGUAUUCCACCUUCUACAGAAUAAUUUGUAUCGAUUAUCAAGAAGACCUGGAGCCCCAUCUACCUUGCUUGAGCGAAGCAGCUAAGGAAAUAGAUGCGGUGUGUCACGAUAAAUGUCAUGGAAACAAGUACGCGAAGGAGAAGAUAGAUGGUGAAACUGAUAAGCAAGUGGAAAACUGCAAAGCUAUCGAAUGCUCAACGAUUUGUUUCUAUCAAGAGUUCGUAGAAGACUGCCCUGAUGCCAAGGACGCUCUGUUGAAACUGAAUAUUGGCCAAAUUCAUACAAUCGCAAACUCUAUUCAUCCCUUGGCAUUUGAAAAAAUGGGUGACGAAUGCAAGAGGAUUCACAAUACGGACUACAUGAAGAAGAAGCUGAACGACUUCCAAGAAUAA